AUGACGAGCUUCAACCGCUUCUACCAGACAUGGCUCGACGACCUCCGCAACCUCGUGGACGAACUAGCCAAGGCCCCCAAACAGCCCACCGACGAUGAACAAAACCAAAACCUCCUCCAACUCGUCCAGGACACCAUGGCUCACUAUACCGAGUACUACCGAAUCAAAUCACUCGCCGCCCGGCAUGACGUUUUCUCCGUCUUUGCCAACCCGUGGUCCACUUCCUUAGAGCGCUCCCUCCACUGGAUCGGCGGCUGCCGACCCACUACCGUCUUCCACAUCGUCUACACCGAGUCCAGUUCCCUCUUCAAUUCACGCUUCAACGACAUCAUCAAUGGGAUCCACACCGGCGACCUUGGAGACCUGUCCCCCGGUAAGUUGCAGCAAGUCAGCGAUUUGCAGUGUGAGACUGUCCGUCAAGAAAAUUCCAUCACCAAAGACUUGUCUGAGUUGCAGGAAGGUGCGGUUGGUUUACUUUUGCCGGAUUUGGCUUCCCAUGGGAACACUAAAGCACUGGUGGAGAUUCUGCAGAAAGCGGAUGAUCUACGGCUGACGACGCUGAAGAGAGAGGUGGAGCUGUUAACGCCGCUGCAAGCGGUAGAGUUCUUGACUGCGACCGCAGAGUUUCACUUUGUGACCCGUGGUUUGGGGGUGGAACUGGAUCGCGACCGUCACAAUUGGAUCGCCUGA